AUCCAAUUGGCCCCAACAAUAUAAGCCUUUGUUACUGCAAACACAAAAAACUGAAAAAGAAACCCGGUCACUUUGGUACGAUCUGGUUCACACACAUAUGACAUAUUCAUGGGCCACCAGUAGAUACUAUUUACCCUUCUUCUGCAUCCUCCUCUCUUUCUCUCUCUCUCUGACCCUCCCUCGUGUAACUUUACCCUUUUCUCUCUUAUUCAAAAACCCCCUAACAGAAUAUCCCAUCUAUCUUCAUCUGAGUUUAAAUGGCUGAUGUUGUUCGAUUACAAUUCCAUUCGCUUCGGUUCUCUUCCUCUCUGAAUUCUCUGCAGCCUUGUCUCUUUGUUAACCAAAACCCAUUUAGGAGGGCCUAUGCUCUCUCCGAUUCUUCCCUUGCUCGAUUUGCUUACAGACCCAGAAAGCAGUUGGUUCAUUUCAAGGUACAGGCCGCUGUUGCUGAAACAGGCCAGCCAAAAUGGUGGGAACGAAGUGUUCCGAAUAUGAUUGACAUACAUUCCACUCAAGAAUUUUUGAGUGCUUUAGCUCAAGCUGGAGAUAGAUUAGUUAUUGUAGAAUUCUACGGCACUUGGUGUGGUUCUUGCCGUGCAUUAUUUCCCAAGCUCUGCAGAAUAGCUGAGGAUCACCCUGAGAUUCUAUUCCUGAAAGUGAAUUUUGAUGAGAAUAAGCCAAUGUGCAAGAGUAUGAACGUGAAGGUCCUUCCCUAUUUCCAUUUUUACCGUGGAUCUGAGGGGCAGCUGGAAUCCUUUUCAUGUUCACUAGCUAAGUUCCAGAAAAUAAAGGAUGCUAUUCAAUUACACAACACUGAUCGUUGCAGUAUUGGCCCUCCAAAGGGGGUUGGAGAUCUUACACUGCAACCUUCCUUGGUUCAGAAGGACAGACCCUCUGAAUCUGCUUCAGUGUAGAACUUCAACUUGAGCGAUUGUGUUAAAGGGCCAUGCAUCAACCCCAGCAUAGUCAAGACACUGCUAUUCUGUAUAUUUCCUUCUCUGUAGAAUCCCAUAUGUUGUCAUUCAGCCACAUUCUUUGUCAUUCUUCUUCUGAAAGCCAUGUAUGUAUUUCAAAUUCAGUGUACAACCAAUUCCAGGUUCUCUAUAUAAUGAGUUAUUUA